GCGCACUGGGGCCGCGGGUCGAUUCAAAAUAGCGGCGCCGCCGGAAGAAGAGAGGUUAUGGCCGACGACGCCGGCGAGAGAACCGUCGCCUGAAGUCUACAAGCGGCAGCGACUAGUCCACCGAAACCCGGUGAGCGACGCGCCUUGCGGGCGGCCAAACGGGAAUGAAGAAAUAAAAGUCCUGUCUGAGGAAAAGUCGGCAACUGAGGCCUCGGGACGAAGUGAUCAUGAGCUUUUCAGUACCACAGUUUGCUGACUUCAAAGAAAAUGCCUCUUCCGACAGCGUGUUUGUGUCCCCUGGCACUAGACGGCAGCCGCUCAGUGCCUGUGGCACCCCAGUGCUGGAGAAUUGCCCGCAGAAUGACGAUGAACGGGAGAGGAAGCAGCGGAGGCGCUCCAGAGUUGUCGAUCUACAGUUUAGCGCUGAAUCGCCUCUGUCCAUACGGUCUCCCGUUAGCAAGCAAGCAGAGACAUCACUGCCAGCAAUCCCACAGUUGUCCAAUGCUCAGAUUGCAGAUCAUUACUCCACGUGCAUCAAGCUUUCAACAGAAAAUAAAAUCACCACAAAGAAUGCAUUCGGCUUACAUCUCAUUGACUAUAUGACCGAAAUACUCAAGCAGAAGGAUUCUGAACUCACCAACUUUAAGGUAGCAGCUGGCACCCUUGAUGCCAGCGUAAAGAUCUAUGCAGUGAGAGUUGAUGCUGUCCAUGCAGAUGUUUACCGUGUUCUUGGAGGACUGGGUAGAGACUCCGCAAUUGCAGAGCCCGAGAAGAACCAGGAUGCAGGUGAAGGGAAGGAAGACUUGGAGCAUUCCAAGAAGCUCCCAAGUAAGAGGAAACAUCUGUACAAAACAAUUGAACAAAAUCUGAAUAACAUCAAUGUCUCUGAGACAGAUCGCAAGUAUGAGAUUGAUCCCAUGUUCCAAAGAACAGCCUCAUCUUUUGAUGAAUGCAGUACAGCUGGUGUGUUCCUCACCACACUUCACACGCACAGCUAUCUCAGUGAAGUCCUGUUUGAUUCCAUGGUCUUUCCUCUGCCUUCUUCUGUGACUUCUGAGAUACCAAGUUCUUCUCAUGUGAAAGUGGCUGAUUUAAAAUCCAUCCUUCUACAGUGUGUUGAAAAGUCUGCCAUUUGCCCUUCAUUGACCGGCUUUCUGUUUACUCAGUGGAACAGUGAAACCCAUAAUGAGUCAGUCUCUGCUCUCCUGGAUAAAUUCAAGAAGAGUGGCCAGGCAUUUGAUAUCAACGCAGAGACUGAUAAUGACCCCCAGGAGUUUGUUGAGGAUAGAAUGGAAGACGAUUUUGAUGCUGACGUUCUAGAUAAGACAAUGGCAAGAGAUCUGAGGGAAUUCUCCAAAAAUCCGGAGGUGUGCGGAAUAGCACCAGAAAGUUCAAGAGAAAAUCUGGUUUUUAUGGGAGAAGGGGAUAUUGGGUCCAUGUGUCUUCAACUGUCUAUGAACCCCAGCGAGUAUUCUUACUUCAGCCCACGAAUUAUCUCCAUGUGGGCAGGCCCAGAACACUGGCGUUUUAAACCACGCCAUAAAGGUGAUAACAACUCUGAGAGAAUAAGUAAAAGGAAAACAAUCAAGAAAGUGUUUGAGAUCAGUUUUGACGAGGAGAUUGAGUUUGAACUUCACUUCUGCAAAACGCGGGCAGCUACGAUUUUGGCCAAGUCUACCCUUGAAAACCAAAACAAGAAAAGCAACACCCUGCCAGCAGACUUCCAUUAUAAUCCAGACAACCUCACCCAGCUGUUCCUCAAACCGAAAAUCGAUCCGUGGAAGAUGCCACUGCAAGGCAAUUCAUCCGGUCAUGAUGAUGACGAAGUCGGAGAAUAUGAUUACAACAAUCCCAAUGAUAUCUCCAAUUUCUGUCCUGCAGUGCAGGAUGCUGACAGUGAUGAUGACAAUGAUCCUCUGGACUUUAUAGGUGAGGGAGGGAUGUUUGAAAUGACAGCCAAUCCUACAGGUGGAGACAGUCAGGAUGCAGAACUUGAUGGAGAUGUCAAAGGACUCAACAUCUCCACCUACCAUGAAGCCAAUCUGGUGGCUGAGCCUCAGAAGGUGAACAAAAUAGACAUUCAAUAUGCAAAAACUGCCAAAAAGAUGGACAUGAAGAUGCUGAAGCAGACCAUGUGGCUCCUCUUGACAGAUGUCCCAAAGAAUCAGACUGGGGAAGAGAGUGAAGGCACAGAGAAAACGGUCAGCUCUUCAUUGGUCUCAAGCCAGAAGGUCUUCAGUAACAUCACCAAGGACCUCCUUCACAGUCUACCUUCCGUGGUGGCAAAGAACCUGUCAGUACCAUUGGCGUUUGCUUGCCUCUUGCACUUAGCGAAUGAAAAGAACCUGAAAUUACAGGGGGUGCAAGACUUGUCUGAAGUCUUAGUGCUGCAAGAAGAUUAACUUGUGCUACCUGAUGGACAGACGUUCUUCAGCCUCCAAAGUGGGACAUUUUUCUGCAUUUGAGACUUGCCUGUCUCCAGCGGCAUAAGAAGCUUCUGCCUAAUUCCAUCAGUUCUUCUGGGGACAAAACAGUCUACAGUGUAUGAUUUAGGCUCAUGGACAGUCAAGUCUGCGUGUCUUUUAAUGUGUUUUUAACCCCCCCUUGAAUUUGGCCUCUUCCCCACAACUAUUAGAUGGGCAACCCUGAGCCUAGGGAACAUUUUAACACUCGUAUGUGUCCUUGGCACAAUCAUGGCAUAUAUGCCCAUCUGCUUUUUAAAACAUGUUUUGGUUUCCCCUACGCUGAGAAUGGUCCCAUCUUUCUUUCUACAGUCUCCUCUCCUAUUUUAUAAUUGUCUUAACUCAUUUUAUAUAUUUGCAUAAAUCUUUUUUUUUAAUA